AUGGAAGGGAGCGGGAGGAGGGACGAGCAACCUGUUAGAGGGGAGCCGGGAGGGGCGGGGGUAGGAGGCGGUCCCCGGGUCAGUCCUCGCCGGGCAAUGGAGGCGUUCAGGGUCCUUCCCCCGCUGAGCGGGCAGCCGCCCCCGCCGCCCCCGCGCAGCCCCAGGGUGGCCCCCAGGUACGUCCAGCAGAAGGACAGCAGUGCCUUCGUGGUCCUGGCAGAGGUCGGCGCGGGGGCACCGCCCUCCAGUCCCUUCCGGGGUCGUGGGUUCAAGGGGUCGGCCUCCAGCAGGAUCCCUGUCAAGUCGGCACCCACCAGCCCAGGACCCCGCACGCCCAAACCUCUCGCCGGAAAAUCUGCCCCGAGUAGUCCUUCGAAGCACGCUCCGGCCAAGAGAUUUGUAGCUGCCAAGCAGCCGCCUUCGCCUAGAAAACCUGCAACCAAACCAGCAGCACGGCCCAGGUUCGUACAGAAGACCGGACAAAAAGAUGAUCCCUCUAGGACGAUUCUAAAGAAGACAGGUGAUAUUGAGAAUAAGCCCGUUAAAAAAAACAAUGACAAUAAUGAUCAGACAUCCAAUAACAAAAAGUCUAACGAGAAAACGGCCCAACCGGUUACAGCGCCAAGUGAAAAAGAAGCCCGAAGAGUAAGGCAGUUGAAUAAUACAAAUUCAGUGUCAAAAGGAACUUCAGAAAAGGGUAGCGCUCCCAGUGCCACGGGUACCAGUUUAGCGGCACCUCGAGGUGGUAAAGCAGCGAUCGAGAGAGCAGCUGUCAUCAUGGAUCGGGUGAACAGGCUACGACCAGAAAGGCAGAUGAUAAACAGCACCAGGACGGUGAAGCGCAACAGUUUGAGAAGCAGGCAAGAAGCGACUGAUGCUAAUUCCAAAGUCGAUAAGAAUACUAAUAUGGCUACUACAACUGACUUGCUUAGAAACGUUAAGAAAGUUACAAAUACUGAAAGUAAAUCAGCAAAUUUAGAAGAUGUUACACAAGGGAAAGGCGAAAUUGAAAAAAUCAGCUCAGGAGGUAUGAUCUCUACAACCGAGGGAAAUUAUCUGAAUUCUGUAGAUAAUGGGAUAACUCAACUGACCACCAAUGAAAAAGAAACUGAAAGAAUAGAUAGCCAGAUCGAAACUAAGACUGCUAUUAUUGAUGUAAAACCUCAAGAAAAGUAUACUGAAAAUGGCAAAGCCAAUCAAAUGGAAGCCACAUCUACUCUUUCGCCCCACGACAAUACUCUCGAUUCAUCGGCACUAAACAGCAAGAUGACCAAUUCGGCCAGUAUGAACCUGAUAACACCGAGUGCCAACCCCAUUGGUGAUGUUGAGGAUAGUAGUAGCACUUCUCAGUCAUCGUCGCAGCUGACAUUAGUGACGGGAAUUACGAAGGUGAACGUAGAGCCCGUGAAGGAGAACACCGUUCCUGAUAAAACACCAUACGAAGUUGACAAAAUCACUUCACAGUUUGAAGAAUCAGUCGAGAAAAACGUUGAAGAAACUGUGAACUCUGGUGAUAAAGGUGGAGUAACGAUUAAAGCAGAUAUACUAAGUGAUGUGACACCAAACGGUGUAUUACCUACUAAGAAGGAGGCCAUCAACAUCCCGAACGGUGGUGAGAAGCUACAAAACAAAAUAAUUAUCAUGCAAAGCGACAAGAAUGGCAGCGUGAAGGUGAUUGGAAGCGAGCCGGUGAGCUUGGACUUGGAGGAGGCGAUAAGGGAGAGCAUCGUGACGGAGACGGCUGUGCCGAGCGAGGACCUGCUGGUCCGGAAGCAGCCCGACCUCAUACCCUCGGCCCAGGUGGAGGAGCCCGCGGUGACUGUCAUCGGCCAGCCCGAUCUGGAGGUCCAGGCUGGAAACCACACCGUCACCUUCAGGUAA